AUGGAACAACUUAAAUCACAGUUAGAGGCGACUGGUAAUGAGUAUGGAAACGAUUAUAACGACCCAAACAAAGGUAAAAAUGAAGAAGAACUAAAACAACGUGUCCGAGAAAUUGAAAACUAUCGUAAGCAAGCCAAGAGUGAAAUUGAAACAGCUCUUAAUCAAAGCCCUGCAAUAACGAAAAAAGAAAUUGAUGCUAUUAAGUUCCGAGUGUUGAGUGAUAUCACGGCUAAAAGAAGUGCCAAAAAUGGCGAAAUACCUAAGGGUGACGAUAAACUAGCAAUUUUCAAAAGAGAUGCCAUUUUUGAG